UUUCCGUUGUAGAUGAAUUCAACGAAGUGCAGUUGUGGCUUUAGAGUGGCGUGAUGAUGUUCCUGAAGCCUCACGACAUGCGAAAGCGGCAAUCUGUUGCAGAUGAACGCCAAUCCAGCAUGUUUUCCGGGUCAGGACCUACACAGCGAGCAUCUUCUUGGUGCAAACCGUCGGCGACUUGCAAGUCCGGAAAGACGAUGCUCUUCUUGCCGGGGGGAGUAGUAGUAGUGGUAGCAGUGGUAGUGCAACUGCUAGUGGUACAACAGCAGCCUCAAGUACUUCUAGCUCAACACUUCUUUCUGCAUCCGCAGGUAGUAGUAACAGCAAGGAUUUUUCCAACAUUGGGCGCGCCAUGUACACCCUUUUGCGGAUUGUCACUCUCGACGACUGGGUCUCGACGAUAAAAGGCGUCACCGAGCCAGCGGUCAGUUGGAACAGCACUGCUUUGCUGGAGCUACGCGAGUUGCAAGGCGCAGAUGUUGGCGAGGUGAUCUUCAUGCCUGGUUCGCAAGUAGAAGAACAACAAUCGGACUACGUCGGUACAACCUCCAGGAGGUGUAGGAGCCGCGGGCGGCGUUGCGGGGACAAUGAAGCAAUCGCUGAUGCGGCGCUCGGAGUUAUGAAUUGCAAAAGUAUCGUACUCGUCGUAUAAGUAAAUGCAUUACAAAUUUCCUCAGCAUGAGAAAUGCAAUCUGUAAUGCUGAUUUCCCUUUAAGAAAAAGAUUUGUAAUGCAUGACUGCACUACGAAUUCGAUACUUUUGCACAGAAUAGGAGUCCAUGGUGACCAAUUUUCGGGGCAGUGAGAGGGAGAAGAAAAAAAAGGAAGAGGUAUGUAUUCAAAUAUGUCUGGGUCUGGAAGAAUGCAGGUUUGUCAUGCUUGUCUGGCAUGAGCCUUCAAUCUGUGUUGCGUGAGCAGGAAGAGGGCCCCUUGCCUGUCAGGCAAAAACGCAGUUUCCCAUGCGGAAGACGAAACACAUAGCGCGUCAUAAACUUGUCAUGCUUGGCUGCGCAUUGUAGUGCGCCUGCCAUUCACAGAUUUGCAUCACAAGUUUCCAGACUCAGACAUAUUUGCAUUGGAUAGGAAGAUGUGGAGGACGACAACNGGGCGGGGCGACCCGGGAGUGAGGAAGCAGUGAGGAGGGGAAGAGGAAGAAGUUCUUCCUCUGCGAAGCAAGUGAAGCUGUUUAUUUAUUCUUUGGCGCGUCUAGAAGCUUUUGGCCCUUCCUGUUUUAUUUUUGAAAAAAGAUCGCUGUUCUAGUUUUGGAUUAAAGAUUUCUAGUUUUGGAUAAAGAUUUUUUCCGUUGUAGAUGAAUUCAACGAAGUGCAGUUGUGGCUUUAGAGUGGCGUGAUGAUGUUCCUGAAGCCUCACGACAUGCGAAAGCGGCAAUCUGUUGCAGAUGAACGCCAAUCCAGCAUGUUUUCCGGGUCAGGACCUACACAGCGAGCAUCUUCUUGGUGCAAACCGUCGGCGACUUGCAAGUCCGGAAAGACGAUGCUCUUCUUGCCGGGGGGAGUAGUAGUAGUGGUAGCAGUGGUAGUGCAACUGCUAGUGGUACAACAGCAGCCUCAAGUACUUCUAGCUCAACACUUCUUUCUGCAUCCGCAGGUAGUAGUAACAGCAAGGAUUUUUCCAACAUUGGGCGCGCCAUGUACACCCUUUUGCGGAUUGUCACUCUCGACGACUGGGUCUCGACGAUAAAAGGCGUCACCGAGCCAGCGGUCAGUUGGAACAGCACUGCUUUGCUGGAGCUACGCGAGUUGCAAGGCGCAGAUGUUGGCGAGGUGAUCUUCAUGCCUGGUUCGCAAGUAGAAGAACAACAAUCGGACUACGUCGGUACAACCUCCAGGAGGUGUAGGAGCCGCGGGCGGCGUUGCGGGGACAAUGAAGCAAUCGCUGAUGCGGCGCUCGGAGUUAUGAAUUGCAAAAGUAUCGUACUCGUCGUAUAAGUAAAUGCAUUACAAAUUUCCUCAGCAUGAGAAAUGCAAUCUGUAAUGCUGAUUUCCCUUUAAGAAAAAGAUUUGUAAUGCAUGACUGCACUACGAAUUCGAUACUUUUGCACAGAAUAGGAGUCCAUGGUGACCAAUUUUCGGGGCAGUGAGAGGGAGAAGAAAAAAAAGGAAGAGGUAUGUAUUCAAAUAUGUCUGGGUCUGGAAGAAUGCAGGUUUGUCAUGCUUGUCUGGCAUGAGCCUUCAAUCUGUGUUGCGUGAGCAGGAAGAGGGCCCCUUGCCUGUCAGGCAAAAACGCAGUUUCCCAUGCGGAAGACGAAACACAUAGCGCGUCAUAAACUUGUCAUGCUUGGCUGCGCAUUGUAGUGCGCCUGCCAUUCACAGAUUUGCAUCACAAGUUUCCAGACUCAGACAUAUUUGCAUUGGAUAGGAAGAUGUGGAGGACGACAACAUUGUCACCUACGUCACGCUCGCGAUUCUCGGCCGCCUGUAUGAAGAUCCCACCGCGAAGAAGCUGUUCGAUCGGUGCGGAUUGCAGUUUCGCAACCUGAUCGAAGUUUACUCGGAGAUGCGGGAGGCCAGGCCGGGCGACAACGUGAUUUUAGCGGAUGACUACUUCGAAGCGCUACUUGCCUCGUUGGAAAAGGUAUCCCACGAAAAAAGUGUUACAGUUUGUUACACAUUUGCUGUGAAUUUAGCCAAACCAGCAUGUUUUCCGGGUCAGGACCUCGACGCCCACCGAUUCCGCCCCCGAUUCCGCCGCCACUUCCGAGGCGACAUCUUCGCGAUGAAACGUGAGGAUUGCUUGUCAGUCCUGUCUGCCAAAAUUUCAUUUUUAGCUGAAACACAUAAAUUGGCGCGGACAGAUACAUAUAUACGCCUAUUUCUACUUUCUAGGUCGUGGUGAACAGUUCUACACAGGUAUUUAGACCGGGUUCAUCUCGCAACGGCACUAGAAGACCACGAUCACUGAUCUCAACUGCCCAUUUUGUGCUACUUCUUUAGAAAUUCGAUUGCUGUAUCCCUGUCGCUGUCGCAGUGUAUGAUUCGCAUGACUUUCGGAAAUAAAUGUUGCUUUCAAAUAAAUCUCCAUUACACAACAACUCAGAUAUUUCUUCGAACGCGGUAAGUAGCAGGAAAUCACCGGAGAAGAAAAGAUGAACAUAUUAAGAGCAACUGGAACAAACUACAAAGUCUUGUCUAGGACGGGACUAAAACGAGAAGAAAAAAGCGUGGUAUAAGUACUUAAUUAUAUGUCGCUACAACAAGCCAUACUUGACGGGAAGAAUGCGCGGUAGUCAGGACAAGCGAACCAAGACCUCCAGCACCUUUGUGUGUCCAUACUCCGUUGUGAUGCAACAAACUUGUUUUCGCUUGGGUUGUGGCUUCCCCUUUUCUCGUGGAAAUGCUCCUUUCUCAGUCCUGGUUCGGUUGAUGUUAGAAAGAACAUAUAGAGUGAUGUCGUAUCGGUUCGUCCUCUAGUGCAGCUACCACCCUGCAAUUGUUUCGCUUUGUCUCGACGAGCAAUUUGCCUUCCUACUGACCUCGUAUACAGUUAUUUAGGACGGGUUCAUCUCGCAGCGGCACUAGAAGACCACGAUGACAAU